AGCAAAAUCCUCAGGGUGGGAAGAAAGAGAAGAAGUCAGGAAGCUGCUGUCAGUUCCUGAGCGAAAAAAGGCCGGAAUAGAGUUUCAGCUCUGACUCUGUCUGUUCACCUCAAACCAUCUGAAAAAUGGCCAAGAACACCGUGUCGGCCCGCUUCAGACGAGUGGACGUGGACGAGUACGACGAGAACAAAUUCGUGGACGAGGAAGACGGAGCAGAGAACCAGCUGGGUCCGGACGAGGCGGAGGUGGACUCGCUGAUCAGACAAGGCAACCUGAUGGAGGCCCUACACGCAGUUCUAAAGAACCCACCAAUCAACACUAAGAACCAGAACGUUAAGGAGCGGGCGGAGAAUCUUGUGCUGAAGGUCCUCAGCGCCUUCAAGAGCAGCGACAUUGAGAAAGGAGUGCAGUCUCUGGACAAGAACGGUGUUGACCUUCUGAUGAAAUACAUCUACAAGGGUUUCGAGAGGCCGUCGGAGAACAGUAGCGCUGUCCUGCUGCAGUGGCACGAGAAGGCGCUGGUGGCCGGUGGUGUGGGGAGCAUUGUUCGGGUACUGACGGCGAGGAAGACGGUUUAACGGAUGAACGUUCUUCAUCACCUGGGAGUGCUCUCAAGCCGACACACUUUACACCUGAUGGUAAACGGACUUAAAAGGAUUUUUUUUUUCAAUGGUUGAGCAGUGUGUGUCAUCAGCCUGCAUGAACUCCCCCCGUUCACCUCGCUGCUCCUCAUUUCAGCCUUUCUUCGUCAUUCCCGCGCAGCGUCGCUGUCUGUACCCUGUACCUGCAGGUCACGUGGCCCCACGAGCUUGUAGAUGAUCUUGAUCCUCAGUAUCACCUCAUUGAAAAGUCCUCAAUCCCACUCCACACUCAGGGUUAGGGAGUGGGAGCCUGUCUUCUGUCCUCGCAUCGCUUCUUGCCCACUGCCCCAGUGGACAAAUACCACCCACAAUGCAACUCACUGUCUGAGCUGUGAGUCGUGUGACUGCUGGUACGGUUGAAAACAGCCGCCUUACAGAAAUUCACUCAUUUAAAUGUGUGAGGAUUAGUACUGCGCUUCAAAAUGGAAUAAUUAUCCCAAAUUAUAAUCCACAUUCCUCUUCAGCAGUGACUUUCUCUUGAUUUCAUUUCUGAAAAACAACAGCUUGACCAAUCAUACAAAUACUUUGAUUUAAAUUUUGUACUCCUGUGAGUUAGUUAUGGAGCUUUUGUAUGCAAUCUGGGUUCAGGUGACCAUCACACUAAUUUAUAAAACUUAUUAUAUAUAUAAGAAAGAGGAAUUAAAAUGACCUCCUUCCUCAUUUGCCAAACGUAUUCCUUGUGAGUUGGCACUGGCUGUGCUCAUUCGAUCGGCAGUUAUACGUGACUCUUCAGCCAUGUGCAAUCUGGGUGCCUGUUUAAUGGUCAAAUGUCAUGAAAAUCUUCAGAAAAAGGAUUCAUAUCUGGGUUAAACAAGACUUGGGGAGUUGUGAAGAUGUGUGUGACAAAGCUUCAAAAAGAGGUCUUAGUUUUAAAAGCAGAGUCAUGUUUGAACUUCAUUUCUUGUAAAGUAAAACAAAAAAAAAACCUCAGCAUCGUUCUGUUCUCAGAAACAUGUUAGUUGUACUCGUGUAGUUCACAUGAGGGAGUGUGAUUAAUCAGGUAAGAAGCAUCCUCACUGGAUUCUUUUGGGGUUGUCAAUGGAACCAGACUGGUGGAAACAAACUGCCUUACUGAAGACUCCUUUCUUAUGUUAGUGCUUUUUUUGACAUAAAAUAAAAGGUGUAAAUGCUG